CGGACGAGGACGGUGUGUCGCCGUUGUUCUACAGUGGUGCGGGCCGGUCUGCUGAUUCUGUGAAUGACGGAAAGCCUCAGCAUGACCUCUGUCUUUGAAAACUCUGUUAUGACGGAAAGAAAAGUUCACACCAUGACCCUGUUAUCAGGGGACCAGUCUGUGAGUUCUCAGCCCUGCAGAGUCCCAGAGGCCGGUAAACACAUCACUUCUUCCCUGUACCCACAGACAGACUUCACCAAAGAAACCUUCAUGGAAAGUGGGGAAAGUGGUGUCUUUGGAGCCGUGGAGCCCCACAGGCACUCCAGAGGACGCCUAAUUCUCCACGCCACGGUAAUGUUUGGACGGGAGUUCUGUUACGCCGUGGAGGCUGCCUUCGUCACGCCGGUGCUUUUGAGCGUGGGUCUUCCUCAGAGUUUGUACAGCUUGGUGUGGUUGAUCAGCCCCAUUUUGGGCUUCCUGCUGCAGCCGAUCAUCGGCAGCGCCAGCGACUACUGCCGCUCGUCGUGGGGCCGCCGGAGGCCGUACAUCCUGGCUCUGGGGGUCCUGAUGCUGGUGGGACUCACUCUGUUCCUCAAUGGAGACGCUGUGGUCUCAGAAUUAGUCACGGACAAGUCGUUGAAGAGCACCUGGGCCAUCGUGAUCGUGAUGCUGGGAGUCGUUCUGUUCGACUUCGCCGCAGAUUUCAUCGACGGACCCAUCAAAGCGUACCUGUUCGAUGUGUGCUCUCAUUCAGACAAAGAGAGAGGGCUUCACUACCACGCUCUACUCACAGGUCUGGGCGGUGCGUUCGGGUACCUGGUGGGAGCGAUGGACUGCCACUCCGUUCUGGGAGAGGCGCUGGGAUCAGAGUACCAGGUCAUCUUCUUCUUCUCAGCGCUCACCUGGGGAGUCUUCCUCACCCUGCACCUCUUCAGUAUUCCUGAACAGCCUCUGGAUAAAGACCCCUCAGACUCUGGCCCCUCUAAACCCAGUGCCCUCCGCCUGCUGGGAACACAGAGUAAUGGAUACGGAGCGUUGGUUAAAGAGCCCGUUUCUCCAGUGGGACCCGGACCCGUCACAGACCUCAGGCCCAGAUCCUUCUCUGCUCGGGAAGCCAACUCAGUGACCUCCAGCGCCAAGCAGCCAAACAAAGAGGCCCAGAAGAGGAUGACAUUCAGGUCGAUGAUGAAAGCGUUAAUGAACAUGCCGUGUCAUUACCGCUACCUGUGUGUCAGCCACCUGCUGGGCUGGACCGCCUUCCUCUGCAACAUGCUCUUCUUCACUGAUUUCAUGGGACAGAUCGUGUACAAGGGGAAUCCGUAUGCAGAACAUAACUCCACGGCCUACAGUAGGUAUGAGCGAGGAGUGGAAGUGGUUUGGGGUCUUUGUAUCAACGCUAUUUCCUCCGCUCUCUACUCCUGUAAGUAACCCAAAGAUUGUUAUUAUUGUUUAUUUAUUUCACACACACUGGAAAAAAUGCUGCUCCAAAACAAGUUAAACGAUAAUGAAAACAAUCUGCCAAUAGAACAAGUGAACAUUAGCUUGGUAAGAGAACUUGAAAUAAGAAGGGAUAUUUAGAUAAAUCAGAUCUCGUAAUUAGCUGGGAGAACUAGUUUUGAAAUAUUUUAGUAGAAGCAGGAAAUGUUGUGUUACAAAAUAUGCUGCAAAUACUCAAAAGUGUUCUGUGUUCUGAUGUUAGUUGGGGAUUUUCUAAUAAAUAUGUGUUUUUGAGA